UUUUCUCCCAAGGUCUACACGAUGAGUGACAGACUCGUAAGCAACUUGGAUAAACUCCUGCUUGAGUUCGUUUUCCAGCUAAAACAAACUUCUUAUGCAAAGGAACAUGUAAAUCAACAGAUAAAUUUGUAUUCUUCAAAAAUCACAGAAAAAAGGAAUGAAAUUGCUAGAUUGCAGGAAAAUAUAAAUAACUGCAAUGAUGCAAUUGCUGAUUUACGCAAGCAAAAUGAGAAUUGUAAGGACAGCUGUAACGUCUGGAAGCCCACAUAUGCAAUUCUUAGCAAGCAUGAAGAAUAUGUGAAGAAUGAACUUGAAGUUUUACAAGAAGCUACAGAAAAUGAGAGGAAAAUGUAUCAAGAUUACAUAAUCCAGUAUAAGGAGACUCUGAAGCAACACCGUGAAAAAUAUGCAGAAACUGCCCUUGCACAGGAAUAUUACAAAAAAAAGAAAGAGCUUGAGGAAAUCCAGAACAGAAUUCAGAAACGGUCUGAACAAUAUAAAUUGAAAGAAGAUGCUGACUUGGACAUGCUUGAGCCUGCUCCUUUUAAAUCCAUUAAUGACUGGGCUUUGUAUAUUGCUUCUUUGAGACAAAAAACACAGGAAAUGUUAAAGCUUGCUGAAACUGCUACACAAGAAUCAACUGAACUAGAAAAAGAAGCAGACGAAAUAGAAAUGAAAAUUAAUUAUCUUAAAAAAACAUUUGAAGAGACCACAGAAGAUCAAAAUAAUUCAGAAAUGAUUGAAGGAAAAAAUCUGAAAAGUCUAGAGAAACCAAAGGAAUUUAAAGAAAGGAUAUUUGAAGAGAGUGAACAUCCUUCUUUGUCACAUGAGAAACAUCAGCUGUACAAACCAUUACAGCUCCCAUGCAUUCCUCGGAAAUCAGUCCAGUCUUCACAGACUGCUAGAUUCUCUAUGCAGCAAACAGAAACAGGGAGAGAAGAAAAAGAAAAUCCUAUGGAACAAUCAGUUGCUGCUAGCAGUUCUUCCAGCCAUGCAGAAAAUCCAUCCCAGAUGGUUAUUGGCACUGCUGCAACUACUAAUCUACAGGUUGCCCAAGUUCCAUCAACAGCAAGUUUUCAAAGCCAAACGCAGUUCAGACUGCUACGGCCUCCAAAGCAAGUGACUGCUAAUCAACAGUUUGAGAGUGAAAAAAGUGUAAUAGAAGACCAAGAGGCCAAAUGUGAUGAUAAAGAAGCAGGAGAUGAGCCUAAGGAUUCUUCUUACAUACCUCAAGACAGACACACGUAUUUUAAGCCAAAUGAGAAUAAUCCUGACACAGCAGCAGAAGGUGCAGAACGUUUUCUAAGAGCACCUGAAACACCGGAGUUUGUUGGAACACCUGAGUCAAAGGGGAAGAAAACCCAGUUUUCCAAAACACCUCCAUUUGACUUCAUUCACAACAUGGGCUGUGAAGAAGCAGCAUCAAAAUCUCCUGCUUUCUUUUCUCUUUUGGGCAUCUCCCAGAAGUCACCUGGCUUUAAUUUGUUUGAUUCUUCUGUAUUUGGGGCAGAAAAUUCAUCUGAUGAGAUAGAUGAAGGUUAUUCUGUGGGAAACUUGAAUCCCAUGUCACCACAUAAAGAUUUUGGAAGCUUAUUUGGGAAAUCAGAAAGUGAGGACGCGUUUGCCUUUCCCUUCCCUUUGGAAUCAACUUCUCAUGCUUUUGGAGAUGGCAAAGAUGACUUCAGUUUUCUAUUUGCAUUUGGACAAGAUCAAAGAUCAUCGCAGUCUCCUUCUGUGAAAGGUUUUCAUUCUUCCUUGCAAAAUACAAAGCCAUCUACAUUCUUUUGAAUACCUCUGACUUCCUUUUAAAUUCUUUUCCUACUUAGCCUUGACAAAUGCUU